GUAUGGCGACGCACUUGAGUGAUCGGCUCCUGUGGUUCGGCCUAGGAGUUACCCUCUUUUUCGCAUUCCGGGGCAUAACCUGGGAGCUCUCCCAGGUCAGGCACCUUACGGAAAUCAAAAAGGAAGAGAAAGAGGACCAACUCAUUGGAGAAGCUACGGAAGAUGCCCUGAAAAUAGAAUCGCUGUUGAAGCUUUCUGAAAGCUCCAGUUUCGAUUUAAGAGCUGCUGCGUUAAAAAUAAUAGCCGAACGAGCAACUAAAGGUCCCACGCGAGAUUUGCUCCUUGAGGAUCUGUCCAGCCGUGACCCACUCCUCCGGCGGCGAGCCUUAGAUGCACUACACUUUCUGAUCUUAAGCAGACCUUUGGCCCGCUCCAGCGCGUCUAGCAGAUUAAGGGAUCUAUCUACUUUUAAAAGUCUAGUCGGUUGUUUAUGCUACUUUCUAAAGGACCAUACUGAGAAGAUUGGCACCACUUCAUCUCCCAUACUUCCGCGAACCAGACCCCCGGGAGAGGAGAAGGCUUUAGGCGUCCUCCUUGCCCUUUUACCAGAAAGCGUGCACACGGCCCUAGAAGCCGGGCUUGUGAGUCAGUGGCUAACAAGAUAUCCGUUCCCGUGUACUUUGCAAGAUGAUACGAGAAGACGUAAUGUUUUUUUGUUUAUGAAGACCUGGGGCUCCGAUGACCCCUUGAUGAGUAACAUUUUCAAUAUUCUAGCUACUCAUCAUGAAGGAGUAAGACAGCUCCGAAGAUACGGCCUAAUGGGAGCCAGAUUGGAAGAAGACGAGCUUGAUGCAUAUGAUUCUUCCGUUGAACGAAGCCGCUUCAGUAUUUUGGAAGGAGACGAUGACUGGGAGAGUGUUUGGGUGCCAGACGGAGCAGAUACAGGUGCUACCCAGGCCUGGGGCGGGAGACGUUUGCAGGAAGGCACCACAACAGAUCAAGAGCUGAGGCGUCGCCGGAGAGAAGUAAUGGUCUUUUCUGAAGGUGGCAGGCCCCUGGAUCAGGACAAUAUCAUUGAGCCAAUACAAAAUCGCGCCGUCUGGGGUCUAGACGAUCAAUUUAACGAGCUUCCCGGAAGGGUUUAGAAAUCUUGUGACUCUGAACAGAAGUCAGCAACCCGCGAACAAGCGCAACGAGGGGAUAGAGCUGGGUUAUUUUCAUAUCAUAACGAUAUACCCAUGGCCAGAAAACAGCAAAAGUCUCGGGCAAGAAGAAUGUCAUAAGACACUUUUGUGGUUGAAUCCAUACUAAUUUGACAGUACAUACGAUGAAAUGAGGAUACGACGGCACGGGCAAUGCUAGAGAGGAUGGGUGUCACGCUUUAUGAAGCUAAAUUAUAUAUAACCGUCUCAUUAUAAUCCAAUCCAGCUUAGCUUUGCUAAAUGAUCCGUCUUUCGUCGACUCGACUUCACCAUUCCCAUCAUCUUCAAUUCAGAGACUGCGCGAUAAAAUAUACUAAGCGCCAUUCGUUCAUCAAAAUUCUCCCCAUCCUCACCGCUAAUAAUGGUGUAGAAUGCCUUCCAUAGGUCAUAAAUGUUCACGACAGCUCCCGAUUCCAAGUAAAGCUGGUAAAGCAACGCAGUAGCAGGCUGAGAAGCCGAAAGACUCUCGAAGAAUGUGCCGGAGUCGAACCCUAGAUAAUCAGACGGGUUCGAUAGCGCACGUUCCACUGUGAACCUCGGGCGAGGAACGAAAGUAUCCCCAAUGGGCCCUUUGAAAUCAUAUAGGAAAGCUUCAUGCAUAAAGAGGCUAGUUGGCUGGAUAAGAUUCUCGAUCAAGUACGUCCGGAAACCACUGUGAAAACGGUCCACUAUACGAGUAUAUUCGGCUUCUUCGUCAGAGAGCUUCGCUCUGCCUUUUGUUAGUUUGAGUCGCUGGGCAACUAGAGUGGUUUUGUGGGUGAUGCGAGAGUCGUCGUAUUUCGUUCUCAAAACUCCAGGACCUUUCUUAUUAGACAGAAGGGUUUGAAGCUCAUCAUACAAGUCACCUGCUAAUGGCAAUGUUUCUCCUAGUGUAAUGAGGAGGCUCACAAGUAUGUUGGACGUCACCUUCUUGAUGGCUGACAGCGCUUCGAUAAUAAUCUUCGACGAGUUCAGCUCCCCGCCAACUGCUCGGAUAACGAGGUCCGACAGACUCGGUGUUUUUGCUGUCCUGGUAACAUCCAACACUCUUUUUA